AUUUAAAACAGCACUUAUAUAUCUAAAUAUAUAUAAAUAUUUGUAAAUAAUUUGUUUCAAUUUGUUUUUAAACAACAAAGUGCCGAUAAACAACAUAGACAACAACACACACCAAAGUGCAGCUGCCAAGGACACGAAUUAUAUGAAAGUAGUGCAGCUAGGAGCAUGCAACGGCAUUAAAAUAUAUACAUACAUAUACAAAGUAUUUAAUAAGCAGGAAAAGUACAAAGUUUCUAAACUAAAGCAAAACUCAACUAUUAUAAACCGAUUGAAUUAGGAGUGGUAUACAACUGAGUAUACAACAGCAAAAUAGCGAGAAAGUAAUUUUUAAGCGAAGGAAGCAGAAAGAAGCAUCGCAGCUGAUUUUAGUUAUCAAGAAUGGCGGCCAAUAACUUGCGACAGAUUCCAUUGACCUGCAGUGGACACACCAGGCCCGUGGUGCAUUUGGAUUUCAGUGAUAUCUGCGAUAGUGGCUAUUUUCUCAUAUCGGCUUGCAAAGAUGGCAGCCCAAUGCUGCGUCACGGCGAUACCGGCGACUGGGUGGGUACCUUCGAGGGACACAAGGGCGCCGUCUGGGGAGUGGCACUCAAUCGCAAUGCAACGCUGGCCGCAUCCGGCGCCGCCGAUUUCACUGGCAAGGUUUGGAAUGCAGUCAGCGGUGCCGAAAUACAGAGUUUCCAGCACAAGCAUAUCGUGAAGAGCGUCGCGUUCGACAACAGCUCUGAGAACAUUGUCACCGGCAGUAAUGAAAAGCUGGUGCGUGUCUUCAAUCUGGAGCAACCGGAGGCGGAGCCCGAGCUUUAUGUGGGCCAUACAGGUGCGAUAAAGCGGGCGCUCUUCUGCCGGGACGACAAGUGCAUCAUCUCAGCGGCCGACGAUAAGACGGUGCGGCUCUGGGAUCGCAUGACCGGCAUUGAGGUGCAGCGUCUGCAAUUCCCCAACAAUCCCAACAGCCUGGAGAUCUCGCAUGACAAUCAUGUGCUGACCAUCACUCAUGGCUCGACGAUCAGCUUCUGGGAAAUCGAUACGCUAAAGAAGCUAAAGGAGGUGAAAGUGCCGACGAAUGUCGCGUCGGCCAGUUUACAUCCGGAUAAGCAUGUCUUUGUCUGCGGCGGCGAGGACUUUAAAAUGUAUAAAUUCGAUUAUAUAACAGGCAAUGAAAUUGAAUCCUUCAAGGGCCAUUUCGGACCAGUGCAUUCAGUGAAAUUCAGCCCUGAUGGCGAACUCUAUGCAAGUGGCUCUGAGGAUGGCACGCUGCGUCUAUGGCAGACCACAGUGGGCAAGACGUAUGGCCUAUGGAAGUGCACCGAGCCGAGUGAGCUGAACAACUCGCUCAGCUCACCACGCGAGGUGCAAGCAAACUGAUGUUGGAGAAGUACAAGUCGCUGCUAUACAGUGCAAAAACAGCCAGCGCAUGGAAAAUAAUUAAA